CUUCUCGCUCUGCACUCCGAUCGACUGGGUGUUUUGACACACACAUAGGCAUGCACAUAUCUAUGUGUGAAGGAUGCAGAUGUUGUCUGACAGCUGAACUGCUGCUUCGCUUCCUAAACACGGAUGAUUGGUGCCACAAAAUACCAUCUUAGUUCUCCUCUUCUGGUCUCAAUUUCCUGUUCUCAGCAGAAGGGUCGGAAGGAGUGGGAAGAUGAGUUUGGCUAUCACGGAGAAGAGGGAACAGCAGCGACAGCGGCCGAGCGGGUGCGUCGGCAUCUUCUUGCAGUUCCUGGAUUGGAAUCGUCGGUUCGCUAAGAAGAAGCUCUUCUCCAAGAAGCUCCUCCCUCCAGCCCAUGCUGCGAGAAGGGCGUCGAAGAAGUUCUGUACUGAUGACAAGAUGCCCAUGGCCAAGUUGCUUCUGAUUGCUGAAGAGAAUCGGGGAGGUUUUCCAAGCAAGAAAAAGCUGGAUGCUGAUAUUGGCAACGCUGUGCAAACCCCCGGACUGGUGGCAAGGCUCAUGGGUUUGGAGUCCAUGCCUGUUUCUGUCAAUGAAAGGCCAAGAAAGGCCAUAGGUUGCAAUCUUGUUUACGAAGGGGACGAGGAGUUGCGUUCAGGCACAAGUGGGUUUGGGAAGACAGAAUCAAGGCCUCAGAAGCUUCGAAAGACGGAGGAGUUAUUGCAGAGGCAACCGGUCAAACACGAUGGACGUGUUCGACCGAAUGUAUUUGGCAAGAAUGUGACGUCCUCCUGCUCGAGCAUUAACCAUCAUAAGCUGAUGUCCCCGGUGAAGAGCCCGAGGCUGCUCUCCGGCAGUCACAGGGCUCGGUUGAUGCAGGCUGCUACAAAGAUUUUGGAGCCUGGUUCGCAGCCCAGAAAUCGUGCCAAAUGUUCCAUUGCAUAUGUAGUUCCUUCCCCACCCGGUGCAGAAGCUACUGCUGCUGCUGCUACUUGCUUGAAGAGAUCCAAGGAGCCCCUCAGUGACUUCGAAUUCAGGUCUUGCAUGGGUUAUGGUAGUUUGGUUGAAAUGCCUGGAUUAGGGACACAUGAAAGAGAGCCAUUCACCACUCGUUUUGGUUCAUCUGCUUUCCAGUUCAGUAUUGCUUCUUCCUCCAGGCAAGACUCCAUGGAGAAAAAUACAAUGUCACUACUCACACUGGCCGAGCAAAAGAGCAAACUGAAUCCUGCUGUUCAGUCUCAGAUCAAUGUGCAGAACAACGCAUGUGACGAUUUUGAGAGGAAACAACAUUUACAGAAUCAUCGGAAUGUAUGCAAGCUUAAGCCAGAUAACAUUACUCCGAAGGUGAACAACUUACGGCAUAAUCAAGCAGCAAUGCUCAGAGAGAAAGCAGCAGAGCAAAUGACUUAUGGUGCCACGGCAUGUAGUAGGAAGCAGAGUCGAAGUGACUUCACUGAGCUGAAGGGGCACCAGGGUUUCUCAGCGAUCGGCACCACCAUGAAAGAACCAAGGUGCAUGACAUCAAUUGGUGAAGUGAUGAACAACCACAGAGUGCAACUGGGAAGGAACUGUUGGGGAAAGAACAUCUCAUGCAAAAGAAAGAGCAUCAGUUUUCACAACGAUGAUUUUGUUGUGUUUGGUCCAGCUUUUGUUAGGGAAAGUAGCAACGAAAGGGACUUGCUUAGUGGAAGCAAGACUGGAGUUCCUAUUAACCAACCCAUUUGCAGAAGAUGUGUUGAACGUAGCUUAACAAAGGAGAAAAAGGAAACUGAUAACUUCAGAGGUUGGUAUAGCGAAAUGGCUUCAUUCACAUUCAAGUCACCAAUGAGGAAAUCUGCAAACUCUUCGUCACAUGAAGAACUGGCAGAGAAGUGCAGGAACCGAUAUCAACUCAAUGCUCGACUUUCUGCGAGGGAGAAGCUAUUGUCGGAUUCAAUUAACACCAAUCCAGUUUUCCAGAGAAGAACGAGAUUAGAAGGGGAAGAAAUAAGCAGGCCCAUAGAAAAAAGGAUCAGGGAGGAUGCUCAACCCAAUGCUUCCAUUCUUGAAGAACUAAUGAUUAGCCUCAAAACUGGGACUCGUACAGCCGACCAAAAUGGGUCCUCCAAAACAGAGGGCUUGUAUUCUCUUCACACCAAUCUCUCUGAUUUUUCCGUCCCCAAACAGAAGCUGUGUAAUAUCCAAACCGAAGCUCAGGAAAAGGCAAAAUUUGAGACUUCUGCUGGACUUAUGUAUGAUCAAACCAGCCCAUUACAUUGUCUAAGAAUUAGAUUUCAAAUAUAUUCUUUGUGCAAUUGCAUAGAGAAGCUAAUUAACGAGGUUAGCACUUGGCAUUCUUUAGCUAUUGAAUCGAUGGAUUUUUUUUCUCCAAUUCAUGUUUUAGUUUCAGCAAAUCAAUCAAGGUUCAGCUUGACAGAGAACCAAUGCACAGAACCAUCCUUGGAUAUGGACAUUGAUCUUUUAGAUUCAGCAAAUCAAUCAAGGUUCAGCUUGACAGAGAACCAAUGCACAGAACCAUCCUUGGAUAUGGACAUUGAUCUUUUAGAUUCAGCAACUUCAUCAGGCAUCAUGGAGUCUGUUAUUGGGAAGAUUCAGCAUUCCACUGACAAUAUGCUCAGUAAGUCCAGCAUUCACUCAUCCGAAGCUGGAAUCUCAGGAACUAAGCUUUGUGAAGCCAGGCGAACCAUUUCAAAUUCAGAGACGACAUUUAUGAACUUCGCACUAUACGCUUCAGUUUGGAUAGCCGAUUUUGUUCUCGAAUCUAUUCUUCUAGACGUGCUGGAAGCUAUUAUAGGUUCUUCUGAAGAUCAAAAGAUUACUUCCGGUGACAAAGACGCAAAGGGAAAAUAUCAACUAAAAAAAUGUCUUUUUGACUGCAUGAUUCAGUCCCUGGAUUCGAAGUGCAAACAUUUCGGUAAGAACGGGAAAUCGUUGAGAACUCCUUUCUCUCUGACCGAAGAUCUGUUGAUAAGAGAAGUUCAUGAGGAGAUAAGAGGGUGGGUCAAUUUGUCCGGGAAAUUCUUAGAUGAUCUGAUUCAGGAGGAGAUGAAAAAUUCAACUGCAAUAUGGAAAACUUGUGGGAUCGAGGUAUUUGAGGCAGGCAACGCGAUAGAAGGACACAUACUUCAAGCAUUAGUCAAUGAAACGAUGACAGAUUUUUGCAAUGGCUGAUGUUACAGUUCACAAGUGCUCAGUGACAUUAACUGCAAGAAGCAUGAUCUAGCAGUUGCUUCCUCUUACCAAGCAGAUUUUUCUUUGUUUGCUGCAUUUGUAAUCAUUUGUGUAGGGAGUGGAAGUGACAUCAAGCACAAAUAGAAGAGAAGUUUGUGCUAGGAUUGAUUGUCCAUGGAACUAUUGGAUUUAAGGGGGGAACAUUGUUCUCAUGUAGG